AUGGUGACCAAGGCAGCGGCUGUGUCACAUUCAUUAUCAUCAUCAUGGACGUCCAUUAGCAAGUGGAUCGCGAACAUAAGCAUAAAUCAAGCCCCGGUCCAGAGUGCCCGCCUCCGACAACCGAGCACAGCACGGCCAUACCACGCGGCAGUGUGGCCCUCCUACGGCAUCACCACUCCCGUCCCCGACCAGCCCUUCGUUCCCCCCCAAGUCGCCCUUUCGAUUCGAGACUGGCUACGCUCUGAUAAGAGAUUAUCCGUCAAGGGCGAGCUAGUCCGCGGCCUGAACAACGGAGAUGAUGCCAUCAUUGUCGCGGAGAACUUCAUAGGCGUCGACGAUGGCGUAGGCGCCUGGGCUACGAAACCUCGUGGUCAUGCUGCACUCUGGUCUAGACUCCUAUUACACUUCUGGGCCCUCGAGGUCGAAAAGAAUGUCGACCACCACACGCCUACCCUCGACCCGGUCGGAUACCUGCAGUAUGCAUACGAGGAGACAUUGCGGGCAACCACAUCUCCUACCGAGUGGCUCGGCACAACAACUUCGGCCACUGCCAUACUGCACUGUACCAAGGAACAAGAUGGGACACAGAAGCCACUGCUGUACGUUACAAACCUGGGCGACUGUAAGAUCCUCGUGAUUCGGCCAAGCGAGAAGAAAGUACUUUUCCGCACUGCCGAGCAGUGGCAUUGGUUCGAUUGUCCCAUGCAGCUUGGCACCAACAGUAUGGACACACCUCGGAAAGAUGCAGUCUUAUCCAAAAUUGCGGUGCAGGAAGACGACGUCGUGCUGGCGCUGUCGGAUGGCGUUAUGGAUAACCUUUGGGAACAUGAGGUUCUAAAAGUCGUUAUUGACAGUAUUGAUAAAUGGGAGGAAGGGCGCGCGGCAACAAAGAAUGCUGCGCAGCAUCCUCAUCUGUCUGAUGACCGCAAUGUCUAUGUCGCUCGGGAACUGCUUAAUGCUGCUCUGACGAUUGCCCAGGAUCCCUUUGCAGAGAGUCCCUUCAUGGAGAAGGCAGUGGAAGAGGGUCUGGCUAUUGAAGGAGGCAAAAUGGACGAUAUCUCCGUCGUGAUCGCAUCCUGCAAAAAAAGUGAUGGGUGA